AAUGGCCAUACCCGCCCAACCGAGUGCAUUGUCAAGGUAUGCUGAAAUCGCCCAGGAAGAAGAAGAAAUGAUGUCAGCCGUGGAGCAGCGCUGCUCUUUCGCUCGAGACCUAAUUUAUCCAAUCUAUGUUGCAUCGCGUUAUUGUUUUCUGUUUCGUGUAGGAUUAGAGUGCUACCUGUAAAUCGAACUGUCCCGUGCGCUGGUGUUUUCCCCCGUCGGUUGCGCGCGUCGCGAGUGCGUCGAAAAUGUCGAAACACGAUCGGGUGAAAUCGGGUGGCUUUCUGGAUACGUUGCUCGGCCGACCGCACAAGAAGCUCGGUCGGCAUGGAGGGAGUGGCGUGUACGGCAAUGGGCCGAGCAGCGCUGGCGGCAACGGUACGGGCGGGUACGGCAGCUACGGCAGCCUGAACGGGGGCCGUCCACUGUCCGGCCCGGACGCGGACCUGGCGUCGCUGAUCGAGCCGAACGAAACGCAUCGACUGAGCGAGGCGGAAGUCAACAAGCUGUUUCUCGAAAUUCUCGAGGACAUGAACAUUCCCAAGGACAAGCGCGACCCGCUGCUGGGCAAACCGCUGGAGGAGAAGCGCAAAAUGAUCGACAUGCACGUGAAAGGAAAAAUCUCGUCCGAGCAUCGUGCGAACUCACGAUUCGAAAAACCCUCCGACUACGUACAGUACCUGCACGAAGGCGACUACCUGAACCGAACGAACAAGCUACUCGCCUGCCUGGAAAGUCUACGCGUCGCGCUGACCAGCAAUCCGAUCAGCUGGAUCAAGGACUUUGGCGAGGAUGGCAUCAACGAGAUCGUGUCCCUGCUGCGGUACUGCAAAACGGUACCGCGCCGCAUGCACAAAAUCGAGUACGAGUGUCUCCGCUGCCUGAAGGCGAUCCUGAACAACUCCUGGGGCCUGAACGUGAUCCUAACACCCGAUCAGCAUGCGGUAGUGCUACUGCUGGCACAGUGCAUCGACACCACCCAGCCGCACACGAUGUGCGAAGCGAUCAAGCUCCUGUCCGCCCUGACGCUGCUGAAGGAUCGCAACGGGUACGAGAAGGUGCUGCGGGCCAUUACCAACGUCAGCUCGAUGCGGAAGCCGGGCGCGGAGCGGUUCCGCCCGAUCGUGGAGGGCCUGCUGAUGGACAACGAUCGCAACUACGAGCUGACCUGCAGCACGAUGAUCUUCAUCAACUGCAUCAUCAACACGCCGACGGACAUCAACUUCCGGCUGCAUCUGCGCUGCGAGAUCAUGCGCGCCGGGCUGUACGAGCGGAUCGACCAGCUGUCCGAGAUGGUGGACAAGUGUGGCAACGAGAAUCUGGUGAACCACAUCAAGAUCUUCAACAGCUACCGGGAGGAGGAUUUCGAGGAGUUUAGCAAUCGCUUCGACAACGUCCGGCUCGAGCUGGACGAUAUGAACGAUUGUUUCGAGCUGCUGAAGAACCUGGUCGCCGACACGGCGAGCGAACCGUACUUCCUGUCGAUCCUGCAGCAUCUGCUGUUCAUCCGGGAUGAUCACCAGUACCGGCCGGCCUACUUCAAGCUGAUCGAGGAGUGCGUUUCGCAGAUCGUGCUGCACAAGAGCGGCUACGAUCCGAACUUUGACAGCCGCGACUUCCACAUCGACACGAGCACGCUGCUGGACGACAUGGCGGAAAAGACGAAGCAGAUUGAGAGCAAAAAGUCGGAGGACUUCGAGAAGCGCAUGACCGAGCUGCAGACGGCCAAGCAGGAGGCGGAGGCGCGCGUGGCCGCGCUGGAAGACCGCCUCAAGGAGAUCGAGGCGACCGGUGUGGUCGUGUCGCCGAAGGGGAAGAGCAAGCUACCUCAAAUCACCAUUCCACCGCCACCGCCCGGUUUGCUGCCCGGCGGUGGCCCUCCUCCACCUCCUCCCUGUCCCGGUGCCGUACCCGUCAUGAUGGGUGGUGGUGGUGGUGCGCCUCCUCCACCUCCACCACCGUUCCCGGGAGCGGCGGCGGGAGGUCCACCACCGCCGCCCCCGAUGCCCGGCAUGGGCGGUCCGCCACCUCCCCCGCCACCGAUGAUGAUGAUGGGUAUGCGGCCGCCGGGAAUGCCACCACCGUUCCCGAACGCCGCCCCCAAGCCGCUCCCGUACGGGCUGAAGCCCAAGAAGAAGUGGGACACGGAUGGGCCGAUGAAGCGCGCCAACUGGAACGGGCUGGACGCUAAAAACCUGUCCGAAAACUCGUUCUGGGUGCAGGUGCAGGAGGAGCAGCUGGCCGACAAUGACAUGUUCGCCCGGCUCGCCCUCAAGUUCUCCUCCAAGCCGGCGAAACCGAUCGACAAGGACGCGGCCGACCGGCCCCAGUCGUCGAAGAAGAACGUCGAUCUGCGCGUGCUGGACGCGAAGGCGGCCCAAAACCUGUCCAUCCUGCUCGGCGGCUCGCUGAAGCAUCUGUCCCACGAGCAGAUCCGCACCUGCCUGCUGCGCUGCGACACGUCCGUGCUGAGCCCGAGCGUGCUGCAGCAGCUCAUCCAGUACCUGCCGCCGCCCGACCAGCUCAAGCGGCUGCAGGAGAUCCGGGCGCGGGGCGAAGAUUUGGCCGGGGCGGAGCGGUUCGCGGCCACGAUCGGCGACAUCAAGCGGCUCGGCGCUCGGCUGCAGAGCCUCAGCUUCAAGAUCGACCUGCCCGACAUGGUGCAGGACGUGAAGCCCGACAUAGUGGCGGGGACGGCGGCCUGCGAGGAGGUAAAGAAGAGCAAAAAGUUUGCCAAGGUGCUGGAGCUGAUCCUGCUGCUCGGCAACUACAUGAACUCGGGCUCGAAGAAGGACCCGGCGUAUGGGUUCGAGAUGAGCUUCCUACCGAAGCUGUCCAGCACGAAGGACCACGAGAACAAGCAGACGCUGCUGCACUAUCUGGCCGAGGUGAUCGAGAGCAAGUUCCCGGAUGCGCUCACCUUCUACGAGGAUCUGUCCCACGUGGACAAAGCGUCCCGCGUCAGCCUCGACACGAUCCAGAAGACGAUGCGCCAGAUGAACAACGCGCUGAAGAACCUCGAGUCCGAUCUGAACAACAACAAGGUGCCGCAAAGCGAGGACGACCGCUUCCUGGAGGUGAUGGGCCAGUUCGCGGUGGAGUGCCGCGCGCAGGUGGAGGUGCUGGGCCGCAUGUUGGCCCAGAUGGAGUCACUGUUCGGCAGCUUGUCCGAGUACUACUGCUUCGAUCCGGCCAAGUACACGAUGGAGGAGUUCUUUACCGACAUCAAAACGUUCAAGGACGCGUUCGUGCAGGCGCACGCCGACAACUGCCGGUUGCGCGAGGAGGAGGAAAAGAAGCGCCGAGCGCAGGAAGCAAAGGAACGGUCCCAGCGCGAACUGCUCGAACGGCAGCAGCAGCGCAAGGUCGAUCUGAUCAACAUUGAUGCGGCGCAAACGCAGGAAGGCGUGAUGGACAGCCUGCUCGAGGCGCUCCAGACCGGGUCGGCGUUCGGCAAUCGGGAGCAGCGGCGAAGGCGCGGCCCACGGCCAGCCGGUGCCGAGCGGCGGGCCCAGCUGAACCGCAGCCGGUCGCGAACGGGCAUCACGGCGAGUGCGUUCUCCAGCCGGGAGAUGCUGUCGGAGCUGCUCGGACCGGCUUAGUGCCCCCCGCGUGUGUUGCCAGGGAGUGUGCCACUGAGUGCCACGGAGUACCACAGAGUACCACGGAGUGUGUAUAGUUUUGAGAUUCAUUUUGCAAAAUGGGAUUCCCCCUCUUUAGCGGACCCAGUUGCGCAAGGGCAAUUUUACAAGGACUGUGUGUGUGAGAGAGCGUUGUUUUUUUAAUCCAAUUGGAACGGAACAUUAUCCAGAAAAUUCAGUAUUCUUCUCUUUUUUUUACAUGAACAAUAAUUACACUAGGAUGCAAUAAUAAUAAUACACGCUGAGGAUGGGAAAAAUUGUAGCUAUAUUUGGGUGCACAUAGGGAUAGAAAGGGAACUACAAUGCCAUCCGUGAGCACAGUGUCCCUCUUUCCUGGAAAAGAAAAAAAAGAAACCACCGUUCCAUGAUCUAUUUCUUCGAUGGACGAUGGUCAUCAUUAUAAGGAAAGAGAGAGAGAGAGGAGAGAGAGAGAGAGAGA